AUGAGGAGCAAGUACAACAAGUACUUUGAUUCACUAGAUGAUGUGAAUCAGCUCCUGCUUGUUGCUUUGGUGUUAGACCCUAGAUUCAAGCUAAGAUAUUUCACUAGGGUUCUUGAGAGGAUGCUGAAUUAUGAUGCCUUUACUGUAAAAGUAAGGACUGAAACUUUGAAAGACUUGAUUGUUACUCUCACUUACUUGUAUGCUUCAAUAAAUGGGGUUCAAAGUUCUAGCACAAAAAAGGCAGAUGGUGAUGAAACUGGGAGUGGACGCAGUUGUUCUUCAAACAAGCUGACAGGAAAGAAAGCAAAAAUGAUGGAAGAUUGGAAAAAAGACCUUGAAGAUGUUGAUGCUGUUGUGGUUGCUCAUGAGGUAGACAGAUACCUACUUGAUCCAAUUGAGAAGCCAGGUUCAGGAGUUGAUUUUAAUAUUUUGUCAUGGUGGAAGCUAAUGGGAGGUAAGUAUCCUAAUUUGCAAGCACUUGCUAGAGAUGUCCUAGCCAUUCAAGUCAGUACUGUUGCUUCUGAGUCAAGUUUUAGCACUAGGAAAAGAGUUAUUGAUCCUCAUAGGAGUUCAUUAACUCCUAGAUCAGUGGAAGCACUGAUCUUUCUUCAAAGUUGGCUUAAGUCUGAUUCCAUCACAACCCUUGCAUACACUCCUACCCCAGAUGAAAUUGAAUGGUUUGAAAAAACUGAACAAGAAUUGGACCAAGAGAAGAGAGAGCAUAGAGAGAAGUUAGAGAAACAAAAGGAAAUGGAGUUGAUUGAGAAGAAAAAUAAAGCUCCAAAAGCCUCCAAAGGCUCUGAUGCUGGAACUUCUUCCAAAAAGAAAAUUUGA